AUGACCUGCUCGCGGGGCAGCCUGCCACCACACCAGCUCUCCUCGGCUGCGCUGCUGCCCGACACUCCUGACGUGGACCCAUGUCUGGCCGGGCUAGAUCUCGGUGCUGAUAUGCUCAGGGCCCGUCAGCCUCCCCCGUCUGUGUGGGACUGUCUGGUCUCCUGCCACAACCGCCUCGGCCAGCGCCUCGCCAGGAAGAGGGUGGAACAAGGGGUUCGCCUGUACAACCAACAGAAGCACCUGGCAGCCGUGAAGAAGUGGAAGCAAGCUCUGAGACGGAUCAAUAAGGAUAAUGACAAGUUCAUCACGCUUGGGUACCUCAGCCAGGCGCACCUCGACUGGGGUCGCUACAGGCAAAUGCUGGACUUCGGAUUCCAGCAGCUAGACAUCGCCAAUGAGAUGGACUCACCGAUGCUUCGGGCGGAGGCGUAUCUGACUCUGGCUCGAGGCAACGAGCGGCUCGGUAACCUGGAGAAGGCUGUGUCAUACUGCCGCCACUCCCUCUAUAACCAAUGUGACCAGUCCCGCACCACGGGGUACGUCCAUCUCACCCUCGGCAACACCUACCUCGUCUACUCCAGCUACAGCAAGGCCAUCGAGCACUAUGAGCUCGCCCUCAAGGUAUCGCGCAGUAUUCACGACACGGCGCUUGAGCUCCAGGUCUACUGUGGCCUCGGGCACACAUUCUGCCUUUUGCAGGACUAUGAGAAGUCCCUCUCCUUCAGUGCCAAGGCGUUCGAGCUUUCUAAAAGUUUUCACAUUUGUGACCUCAACUCUAAGUUCCAAAGACUGUCGUUGGUGAUGCUAGCGACGCCGCUCAGGAAGUUGGGGCGACUCCAUGAAGCCAAGGACUGCUGUCAGGACGCCCUGAAGAUGGCCCUCACCGCAGGCGACCGUCCCACCCACGCCCGCUGCCUCACCAUCCUUGCUGACAUCCACCGCCAGUGUCUUGACGUCCAGCGAGCAUAUAAGCGCUACGAGGCCAGCAUGCAGCUCAUGGUCCACCUUGAGGACCGCUACGGCCAGCUCAUGGCCCUGAAUGGUAUGGCCAAGACGCUCGGCCUCAUGCGACGACAGUCCAAGAUUUGUGACUGUCGACCCUUGGAAAUAAACAACAAAGUCAUUGAUUUGGCUUCUUCGCUCGGGUGUAAGUUGAUCAUGCGGUCAGCACACCUGCGUCUCGCUGAACUCUACCGCAUCCUCAACGACGACGAGAACGACGGCCUGCAGGAGCGGCUGGCGUCGUGCCUGACCGAGGAGAUGGAGCUGGUGUGUGGCGUGUGUGGGGAGCGGUAUGGCGCCCAGGGCGGCAAUUCUCUCGACGCCCUCCCCUGCUCCCACAUCUUUCACGCCAAAUGUGUUAGAGAUCUGAUGGCAUCUGGGGACCGGAAGAAAAAGAAGCGCAUCUGCCCUGACUGUCGCAAAUCGCUCAAUUCCCGCUUGAUGCUUAUUUGUUACGACGAACUGAAAGCGGCCUACAGUGACGGGAGGGCACCUACCUUUCCACGCUACCAUCCUUCUCCUUCGUCAGAUGACCAGCCUCUUUGAUACUCAACCCCCUACCCCCCACCCUCUCUUAAGGAUGACAUCUGCUUCUGGCUCUUCUGUUGUACGUAAAGUCAUAGAGAGCGCCUCAGUCAUCUCCCGACAGCUACACGAACGAACAGUUGGCCGGCAUCACAGUUUUUACAAAUAAUCUGUUACUAGGCUAUGCGGAUUUUGCACCCGCGGUGAACGACAAUCCGUUUGAGGACAACUUUAUCUGGCCUUGAAACUGCUAAAACCUGUGUAACUAAGAGGCUGUCUUAUAAGGUGUAGCAGAUAUUAUGAGGUGGGUGUGAGGGAGGCGGUCAGUCUCACCCCGUCUGGUGGGUGAGGAUCGUGAGGAGUUACCAAGAGAGAGAGACAUCUAGCCGUCCUCCAGGCUAGUGUGGUGAGGCUCACCAGACUCCAGUACAAGAUCAGUGUCAUUGGCAUGGUGGCAAACAAUAUUGUGAGCAGCAAUCAGUAAGAAGUCAGAAUUCAUAGAUUAUAUAUUUAUCUCACAGUUGUUGCAUAUUCAUAAGGUUACUAGAUGUGUAUAAGUGACAAACUGGCUUUCUUAAUUGUUGUACAUUUAACAAAUUUGCUUUACAUUUGGUGAAUAUACAUGAAAGUCCCAGCCUUCAUGCGAACAAUAAAUAUAAAAACUUGACAGCGAGGCACGUGAACAAGCUUUAUUGUGUUUAAGUGUGUGUGUUUGUAGUUGGCAACUACGGUGGUAUAAGCAAUGACAAUCACUAGUGAUCUCUCAGUCGUGUA